AUGCAAGAUCUAACAGAAAAUGAAGAAACAGUGGAAGAUUUAAUAACUGAAGGUAAAUAUGAUGAAACAAAGGUGGAAGAAGCUGAACCCACAGAUUUGGCAGAAGAUAAAGAGGAAGAAGAUGUAUCUGGUGAGCUUGAGUCUUUGCCAAGAGUAGAUACAAUAAUUUACACCUUCAUUCCCACAGAGCCCAUGGGUGGACAACACUUUGGUCUAGUCAUUGAUGUGAACUACAAAGAUUUGAACAGCAAUAUAAUUCAAGAUGCUACCAUCAAUCAAACAGUUACAAUAUUGAAACAAAGGAUGGAAAGAGAGAAUGUGUUAAAUCUAGAAAAUAUCUUUAUGUAUAUGUUCUUUGCAUGUCUUCAGCACUUGGUUGCCGUUGGCCCUCAUCAACUCUUAGAAUCUAGAAAGUUCUGGAGACCCAUACAGAAAAUAGAGAUAAGUACAUCAAGUCAGGGUGAUGUUGACAUAAAUUGGACUUCUCAUGAAACCUUGAAUCAAAUCAAUAAAGCCUCAACAAGAAUAUAGCUCAGGAAACAGGCACAGAAGAGAUCAGUGGGGUCUAAUGAGUAAAUG